UGUAGGAAGCAGAGAACCGGAUCAGCCCCCCACCUGCCGGGAUGGGCAGCGUGUCUCUGCAGAGCUGAGAGACCAGCCUCUCAGGCGGGAGAGUGAGAGCAGCAAAGGACACAGGCCUCAGGCCCUCCGGUAAUGAUUGGACUGGAAGGAAGUGUGACUUCCCCUUGCGCAGGCUUCUUCUGAUGAAAAGAGAAAGGAAGAAUGGACUACAGUCACCAAACUUCCCUGGUCCCAUGUGGACAAGAUAAAUACAUUUCCAAGAAUGAACUUCUCUUGCAUCUGAAGACCUACAACUUGUACUAUGAAGGCCAAAAUUUGCAGCUCCGGCACCGAGAGGAGGAAGACGAGUUCAUCGUGGAGGGGCUGCUGAACAUCUCCUGGGGCCUGCGCCGGCCCAUCCGUCUGCAGAUGCAGGAUGACAACGAGCGCAUCCGUCCCCCUCCGUCCUCUUCUUCCUGGCACUCCGGCUGUAACCUAGGGGCCCAGGGCACCACCCUGAAGCCCCUCACGGCACCCAACAUUCAGAUCUCAGAGGUGGAUACACCGCCCCAGAGCGACCAGACGCUGAGCCCCACAGAUGCCAGAGGUCUGAAGCCCCUGCCGGAAGACACCCCACAGCUGAUGCGCACACGCAGUGAUGUUGGGGUGCGUCGCCGUGGCAAUGUGAGGACACCUAGCGAUCAGCGGAAAAUCAGACGGCACCGCUUCUCCAUCAACGGCCAUUUCUACAACCAUAAGACAUCGGUGUUCACGCCAGCCUAUGGCUCCGUCACCAACGUCCGCAUCAACAGCACCAUGACCACCCCGCAGGUCCUCAAGCUGCUGCUCAACAAAUUCAAGAUUGAGAACUCAGCGGAGGAGUUUGCUUUGUACGUGGUCCACACCAGUGGUGAGAAACAAAAGCUGAAGACCACCGAUUACCCUCUGAUUGCCCGAAUCCUCCAGGGACCAUGUGAGCAGGUCUCCAAAGUGUUCCUCAUGGAGAAGGACCAGGUGGAGGAAGUCACCUAUGAUGUGGCCCAGUAUAUAAAGUUUGAGAUGCCUGUCCUUAAAAGCUUCAUUCAGAAGCUCCAAGAGGAAGAAGACCGAGAAGUAAAGAAGCUGAUGCGCAAGUACACUGUCCUGCGGCUGAUGAUCCGGCAGAGGCUGGAAGAGAUAGCAGAGACCCCAGCAACGAUCUGAGCUGCAAGAAUGAGGGACCCAGACACCCUAGGAGCCACCCUUGAUUGACAUGAGCAGACCCCCAGGAGUCUGGGCACUUUCUUUCCACAGAAAUGUUUAAGUACAAACCUCUCCAGCUCCAGACAGGCCACUGUUUUGCUCCCUGGAGCAGGACGAAGAAGUCGGCAGACAACUCCCCAUCCCUGGAUCCCUGCUGUCUUUUCUUUCCCUUGCAAGGACUUGACUUUUGUUAUAAGGAGGACCCCACGUGUGUGUGUCCAUAGGUGCAUGCACACACAUGUCCAUGUGCCUAGCUGAUAUUUUCACAUGUAAUUAACUUCCAAGAAACCAGCACUCCUGUGUUCUGGUUUUCCCUUGCUGCGCGAGGCAGGAAAACCAGAGGAGACGCUGAGCUGAGGGUUUUAAGUCAAAGAAAACCCCAAGUGCCAGGGAGCAGGCACAUAUGUUUAGAAGGGGCAGGGGGAUCUUCACGCUUACCACUUGGGGUGUUUAUGUAUUAGUAUAAAUUCUCCCCAUAUACCUAGAAGGAUCAGUGAAUGUGAGACCCUUGGAAAUUAACAGAAUAACAGCCCCGUUACCCUUAGGGAAAGCCUGAUGGAAAGAAAAAGAUAACCCAUCCGUGGGGCAGAUGCAAUAAGCCCACAAGUUCUUACACUGGAAACUUUGAUUGUUUUACAUAAUGAAGAUGUCUGUGAUGGUCUGUGUGGACACCUGUGAAGAGUGGAUUCUGCCUUCGUUCCAUCCCCUGGCCACCUCUAGCAAACAGGGGAGUCUGUGUGUUUCUCUCUGCGUGCCGAGCUGCCCACCCGUUUCUUCACUAUUUCCUCAAGUUGAAGGACAAGGUCUCAGGAACAAAGAUCUUGCCAGUGUGCAAAUGAUGCUGACCAGCCAGUGUGGCCAGAGCAUGGCUCUUUCUGGGGUGGUGCC